UUCACGGCAGUGUGUCCUUUCCUAUAUAACAUAUGACAAAAAAAACAUGGCAGGUACAGUGUAUCUGGAUGUAACAGUAGAAUUCGAAACGUUGGGGUCGAGGACUGAAGUGACACCUUUUGAUGCCGUAUGGCAUUCACGGUACCCGCUAUUAGCAAUUGGCUACGCUAAGAGUGAAAAUGGAUUAGUUCGUAUUAUAGAGUAUUCGCUGGAGAACGACACUAUCCACCCAUUAGAGGACUAUGAACAUGAGUCUGCACAACCUUGUUGUCUGUCAUGGCAUCCGUCUGAACGGUGUCUUGUCGCUGGUUGGGAGAAUGGCGAGGUAACUAUCUGGACGCCAAUCGGAGGCACAAUUGUGCAAACUGUGCAACAUCAAUACCCCGUAUCGCAGAUUGAGUGGAGCGCGUGCACACCCGUUCGACUAGUGACAGCUGAUACAGCUGGGUCCUGCCUCGGCUGGCAGUUGCAGGAUAAUGUAGGUGAACAAUUAUUUUAUCAUGAAAUCCGAGAGACCCUCGUUGACAUUGUAUUCCGGCCAAACGCCAAAGAUUUCUUCGUUGCUACGGAGUCCGGAACAUUAUUCAUAGUAACUGAUACGGGACAAUGCCACGAUUUGCUUCGUGUUGAUGGGCAUGUUAUCCGCUUGCUGUACAAUAGCAAUAGCAAUACCCUUGUAACAGUAACGGAAAACCUUGUUAUAUCUCAGUUUCGACACACAGAACAAAAUGGCGUGGACCAAGUAAGUCGUGUCAAACUUGCAGGUUCAGGUUAUCGUGCACGCAUCGAGUGGCUAAUGAUGGGCGUCCUAGUCAUUGCUGCAGGGGAUACAAGUUUACGUCUAGUAAAUCUGCGCACCAACGACAACGCUAACCUUCAUGUAAGCUCGGAAAACAGCAAUGAAUCCUUUACUGCUCUUGCGGUUGACACUGGAAGUCAUAAGGUAGCAGCUGGUACAACACAUGGCAGAAUUUUCAUUUGGAACGAGCCAUCCACAGCUGAGGAAGCAGAGGAAAGAAAUGCAAACCCGUACGAGGUACAAGUGACUGGAAAUUUUCGUACGCUAGGCGUUUGUUCCGCUUUUGGACUAAUCAGCGCUGUUGCACAGGAAGUCACCGUGUUUCGGGAACAGCAGGCUUCCCUGGCAUAUUCGAGUCAACUACUCGCGCUCCAGACAGGCGCUAGAAAGGCUUUCAUUGACCUUAUCCAAAUGUCCGUUAGUGUCAAAUUAGAAACUGAAGUGCCAAUUCGGGCGCUCUUCGCCGGUAGAGAAGUUGUCGGCGUUUCAGAUCGGAAACGUCUUUUAUUUUAUGAACUUCAACAUGCGACGCGAACAGCAAGAUUUUUAGGGUCUAUGAACACUACUUCAGUUCUAAUUUCGCUUCACGACCAGAACGCUUUCGUCAUCCAAAACGGUCAGAUUGAGGUGCGGUCCUUCCAAGGUGCGCUCAAUCAAACAAUUGUGGCGCAGCAGGACGAGGGCGAAAUAGUCUCAAUUGAUGUUGCUGGCUUCUUUAUAGCUGUGGGCAGCAGCAAAGGUUGUAUUCGCAUGUGGGAUGUCGGAAAUCGAAGAGAAAUCACUUCGCAUGCAGGGCCGAAGUCCCUUCUCAUUCCCGAACGGUCCAAGUUACACAGCGUUCGAUGUAACGCCAAUGGAACUAAAAUCAGCGCCAUUAUGUCCUCCGUAGGUGGAGAUCACACGCUUCCCUUAUUAUAUGUGUGGGAUAUUGAAGAAGAUGAUGUCUUCUGCCUAGAUUUUAGCAGACCCUCGAAGGAAGGUGAUCGUAAUAGGAUGUACACGGAUAUGAGCGGCAAAGUCCCUGUAAAUCACCUUUGGGAUGGCGAAGAUCCGCGUUUGUUGGUAUUAGAAUGCCAUUUCGAGGACAGCAGUACGGGCAGUUCUGAGGCUGUUAUUGUUACUGUCUUCGUGACAGCAGAGUUUGGUCUCGUUGUGCAAGAUGCGGUAGCUUUUGAUAAAAAAAAAUUUUCCCUUAUAGGUGCGCAUGUACCUUACUUUUAUUUAGUUUCUAAAAAUGGGUCGUCGGAACGAAUGGGACCAGAAAAACUAGCUUAUGCGAAACACGCUUACCGUCUAAGUAUGAGUGAUUUUGUUGGCGUGGAAUCAUGCGAUCGAGAGACACGAGAGGCGGUUCUCAAACUGAGUUUUUUCCUCACAAUUGGAAAUAUGGAUGAAGCAUUCUCAGCCAUACGAAGCAUUAAAAGUGAGUCUGUCUGGGAAAAUAUGGCACGUAUGUGUGUCAAGAAUAAGCGAUUAGACGUCGCUCCCGUCUGCCUAGGCAAGAUGAAAAAGGUCUCCGCUGCGAUGGCAUUACGACAGGUUCAGGCCAAGCACCCUGAGAACAUCGAUUUACAAGUAGCGACGCUUGCUAUUUACCUUGGAAUGAUAGAAGAAGCUAAGAAUCUUCUGGAAACGAACGCAGAUAACCGCAUGCUCAUAAAACUCCUUUGUGAUUUGAAUCGCUGGGACGAAGCACUUGAGCUAGCCGAACGAAAAAGUCGUAUCAACCUCAAAAACACCUAUUUUAGAUAUGCCAAGCAUUUAGAGGAGUUGGGAAAAGUGCAAGAGGCUAUCCUGUAUUACGAGAAGUCUAAUACACACUUGCAACAGGUGCCGCGCAUGCUCAUCGAAAAAGAUAUUCGGGCCCUAGAAAUCUAUAUUGCCAAGAGUAAAGAUCCACAUUUUUUCAAGUGGUGGGCGCAGUAUCUCGAAAGUCAAGGCGAUACAGAAGAGGCGCUUCGCUAUUACGAAAUGGCAAAGGACUACGUUAGCUUGGUGCGAAUAAAUUGCUUCUUUAACAACGUGGAAACCGCAAUGGAAAUUGCCAAUGACGUCGGGGAUCGUGCCGCUUGUUUUCAUCUUGCCCGAAAUCUUGAAGCACUCGACAAGCCCUCGGACGCUGUCCACUUCUUUUCCAAGGCAGGUGCAAUUUCUAACGCCCUUCGAGUUUGUAAGGAUAAUGCUAUGGACGACCAGCUUUUCUAUUUGGCAAUCCAGAGUCAAAAUAGUCAAGAUAUGUUAGACGUCGCUACAUACUUUGAGAAUGAAGGCGAAAAACAACGCGCUGUCACACUCUAUCAGAAGGCCGGUUGGCUAGAGAAGGCGCGUGAGUUAUCUGGAGAUUCAAGAGUCAGUAUAGGUGAGGAACUUCUUGGUCAAGUAGCACAAGAGAUCUCAGCCUCAAGCGAUGCUGCUGAAGUGCAAACCGCAAUAAGACGCCUCAUCGAUAUGGGGCUCACGGAUCAAGCCGUGGAAAUUCUUGCACUCAACGCGCAGGCCGAGGCUGCAAUGGAUCUCUGUGCACAAUACGAUGUGGAACUCAGUGAGCCUCUUGCUGACAAAAUGCUAAAGGGUGUCUACGGUGAUGCUCGGAGAAGACUAUUGAUCAAAAUAGCUGAUUUCUGCCUAAAACAGAAAAGCUUUUACUUAGCUGCAAAAAAGUAUACCGAGGCCGGAGAUAAGCAUAGCGCUAUGCGUUCUUUAAUUUUAAGUCAAGACACAGAUAAGGUCAUACUACUUGCUCAGGCAUUAGAAGAUCCCGAAAUAUAUAUCCAAGCCGCGAGCUAUCUGCAAACGCUCAACUGGCGGGCCCAACCGGCUAUAAUGCGACACAUCAUCGAGUACUAUUCGGCAGCCGGCGACCUCGAAAUGUUAGGGAACUUUUAUGAAAAUUGCGCGGUCUCCGAGAUUGUGGAGUACCGAAACUAUGAAACAGCACUAAGCGCCCUAAAUGAAGCUUACAGAGUCCUUAAGGAUGCUCCGAUCGGUACUGCCUCGAGUAGCAAAAUAGACGGUUUGAGACAGAAGAUUAAGAACGUGCAGCAAUUCCUCAAACUGAAAAAGGUAUAUGCGGACGGCGAAUUACGAGAAGCUUUGGAGAAAGCCCAACAAAUGAUUAAAGAAAAUAAUGUGAUCGUUCGCAAAGGUGACAUUUACGGAUUCAUCAUAGAGCACUACGUCGACAAUGGCCAAAUGAGGACCGCGUUGCGAAAAUUAGAGGAGAUGGAAGCCGAUUGCGGGGGUAGCGCGAACACGUAUCUUGAUGAACAAACCCUCGCCAAGAUUUUCGCCUCUACUGGAGGGGGUUUCUCUGAUUUAAACGGGACCCCCGAAGCCAGCGAGAGUAUAGCAGCAAAACAGAAUGGGAGUGUGAAACAUGCCGAUCAACAGGAGAUAUGGACGGCUCAGUAACAACUUAUUGAUUGGCACGACAGCUAUAUCACCGCCAAUUGAAUUACAUAUCAUUAUUGGGGCAUAGACUUGUAGUAGAGAACAGCAAU